AUGAUGUGGGCCCUUGAAUACGACCCUGAUCUCUAUUAUGUAUAUGAGGCGCAUCAAUGCGGGAGUGAGAAGGCAGCACUGUCCAAUGGUAAACCGAAGUCAAUUCACCAAUGCGGAAAGUAUGAGAGGCAAAACAUGAGGAAUGGAGGAAAAAAUGCGGAAGGUCCUUUGCCUAUAUCGGUUUUCCUAGUGGCCAGUGUCUUGAAAGACAAGAGUACUAAGCUAAUGACUGAAGCUCGUGGACUUGACGACGUGGUUAAGGUUAAACAUACAUCUUCUUUUUUAACUUCCCAUUCGGAUGACUCAUUCCUCAUCCCAUUUUCUUAUAAUGUCCCUAGAUACUUAACGACAUGA